CCUAGUCCUGUCCAUGAAUCCGUAUAUAAUCCACGUGGAUGCAGAUCAGCAAUCCCAAAUCCCUGUUUCUUGGGAAUCUAGCAGCAGCAGCUUUUCCUGUGGUUUCGCAUACAUAUAGCCUACCAAGCAUCACAUUCCUGCCUUCGCCUUCACAUCUAGUCCCGUCAAUUCGAUAAUCAUGAAACUCUACGGUCUCGGCGCUGGAAUCCUACUGGCUUGCGCCGUAACCAGCCGAGCCGCACCAAUUGAUGAACCUGUCACAACAGACACUACCCCAGCUUCUGACAUUGAUGCCGCUAGUCAACAGAUUGAAGCUCUCCUGGCACAGAGUAAAGAAGUUACGGAAAGCUCAUUGUCAGACGCAUCAACAAAAAGGAGGCGGGAGGACUACGAUGGGCAACAAAAGUGCUCACUGAAAAACUUAUUGAUUCGAACAGAAUGGAGCGCCCUUUCUUCUAAGGAGAAGAAGUCAUACAUCAGUGCAGUACGCUGCCUACAGUCAAAGCCUGCCCGCACGCCUUCCACUGUCGCCCCAGGCGCAAAGACACGUUACGAUGACUUCGUCGCCACCCACAUAGACCAAACCCUCACCAUCCACUACACCGGCAACUUCCUCACCUGGCACCGCUUCUACACCUGGGUGUACGAGCGCGCCCUCCGCGAAGAAUGCGGCUACACAGGCACCCAGCCAUACUGGGACUGGAGCCGCAGCGCAAAGUCAGGCCUCACCGCGCACCCCCUUUUCGACGGCUCCGCAACCUCCAUGUCCGGCAACGGCGCACACAUCGACCAGACCAAUGGUUCGAUCGUGCUCAGCGGUGCCGGCCUGCCCUCGCUGUACCUGCCCGUGGGUAAUGGUGGCGGGUGUGUGUCCGGCCCGUUCAAGGACUACAAGGUCAACCUGGGCCCGGCGUCGCUGGCGCUGAGCGACGGGUCGACGUUGGCGGUCGAGAACCCUAAGGCGUAUAAUCCACGGUGUCUGAAGCGCGACCUGACGGACGCGAUCAACCAGCGCUAUGCGAAUGCGUCGAGCGUGGUGAAUCUGAUUCUGCGGAACGACGAUAUAGCUAGCUUUCAGCUGAAGAUGCAGGGCGUGCCUGGCACCGGUGAAAUUGGCGUGCACGGCGGUGGGCAUUAUUCUUUGGGUGGUGACCCUGGCCGCGACGUCUUCGUCUCGCCUGGCGACCCGGCAUUCUUCUUCCACCAUGCCAUGAUUGACCGCACAUACUGGAUGUGGCAACUGUUGUCACCUAAGACACGUACGCACGCCAUUGCUGGCACAAACACCUUCUUCAAUAUGCCUCCGAGUGCGGAUACCACUCUGGACGAUAUUAUUGACUUGGGCUACGUAACUGAUGAUCAGCCGACCAUUGAGAGUCUGGGAAGUACAAUUGAAGGACCGUUUUGCUACAUUUACAUCUAGAAUCUCCAGAGAUGAGAGGUAGGGGAGAUUGUAUGGAUCAAUUGCAUGUAUGAAUUGCAUGAAUGCAUUGCAUAAGAAUUGCAUUGUUGAGCGAGUGGAGGAAAUGCAUCUAACUUCAUGACCAUAGAUGUACAUAUAUAGUAGACACAGGGUACAUAAUCUAAUGUCUUUUUCUUGUCAUGUCUUCUCAUAGAUUCUUUGCAGACUUGGUGUAGUAGACGUAGACUUCCGUACAUGUACAUGCGAUCUAUAGUAGCUUGAUCUAGCCUAUGUCCUGGAAGAG